ACUGACCAUGAAAAUAAAAAUAUUUACAUUUUAACUUUAUCGCCAGAAAAGAAAAAGAAAACUAAUUAUUUUUAUGUAUAGAUAAAUCAACGCUACGUUGUAUACAAGUUCAAAUCAUUUAUUAUGUGCAUAAUCUUAGUCAGGGUCAUACGUAGUGCAGUUAGACAUACUAAUUUCCAAACAAUGGCCAAUCGCCAAUCCAGUGAUAUCGUUAAGUUUAAGGAAUCAUUAAAAGCGGCAAAAGAAAUAGUCAUAUUGUCAGGCGCUGGGAUAAGUGCUGAAUCAGGAAUACCGACGUUCAGAGGAGCAGGUGGAUAUUGGAGAAAAUAUCAGGCAUCUUCUUUGGCAACGCCAGAGGCAUUCCGUAGCAGUCCUAGUCUGGUUUGGGAAUUUUAUCACUAUAGGCGAGAAGUAGCAGCACAAGCACAACCAAACACAGGACACAUAGCUAUAGAAAAAUUUGAAACGAAAUAUGGUGUUGAAAAAAAAGUAACAGUAAUAACUCAAAAUGUUGAUAGCCUCCAUACAAGAGCUGGUACAAACAAUCUAAUUGAGCUUCAUGGUAACUUAUUCAAGACCCGUUGCACCAAAUGCAAAGAAGUAUUAGACAACACAGACAUUCCUAUUUGUGAGGCUUUAGCUAAUCGGGGAGCACCAGAUGCUAAUAUUGUUGGAUCAGAUAUCCCAAUUAAAUCUCUACCACACUGUAAAAAAGAAAAUUGCAAUGGUCUCUUAAGACCACAUAUUAUCUGGUUUGGUGAAAGUUUAGAACCUGCUGUUUUGGAAAAAGCAGGAGAAGCCAUGGAAAGCUGUGAUAUAUGUCUUGUAGUUGGAACAUCUUCUGUGGUGUACCCUGCAGCAAUGUUUGCACCCCAAGCAGCCCAGAGGGGAGUUAUUGUUGCUGAAUUUAACAUUGAACCUACACCAGCAACACCAAAUUUUCAUUAUUACUUUGAGGGGCCAUGUGGAAAAACACUACCCAUAGCUCUAUCAGAUUGAUUGAUUUUUGAUUAAGGAUUGGAU